GGGGCCUGAUUGCCAUGGAAGAUGAGCUCUGCGCAUAGCUCUUUCUGGUUACGUUUAUCGUAAAUAAUGUCGGCAAUGGGCAAAGCAGAUAACGCAUCCAAGGAGCAGAAUGGAGAGAGUGAAUCGUAUGGCGAGGUGCCGGACAGGUGGCACUCAGUGGCGAACCUUGGGGGAUUCCCUUCAUGGCCUGCGUUCGUCCAUGUGGCGCUUGUGGUCGUCGCCGUCUGGUUUGCAGGAGUUUUUCAAUAUAAUCUCAUUGUGGUUAUGGGUAUCGCAGUGCUUUAUCUUCGACAGGUUGAUUACAUCCAACGGAAGAGAGCAUUCGAAGAGGCCAAAAUGUCGCUGAAGAUGGAUGCAGUUCGUGCAAAGAUGACAGACACGGAGACAGUGGUAUGGCUCAAUGGGAUUCUGCAGAAAGCAUGGGGGAUAUGGCUAGAGCGCUUUGCUUCAGAGCAACUGAUCAUGAAGGUAGCCCCCUGGUUUCUUGAUCACUACAAGCCGUGGGCACUGAAGUCGCUGAAGUUGAAGGCAAUGAACCUUGGAAGUCUGCCGCCAGUUGUGGAGACUGCUCGAUUGCACAGAGUGGGCAGCGACACAGAGGAUGUGGUGCUCGAGAUGGAUGUGUCGUUUGCUGCAUCGCAUGACAUGUUCGUUACAGUUGUGUCCAAGCUAACGAAACCAGGUCUGAGUUUUCCUUGCAUAGUCUCCAAGGUAGCCUUGUCAGGCAAGGUUCGAGUGGGAGUCGCGUACCUCUCCGAUUUUCCGUUUGUGCGUAGAGUUUCUGUAUCGUUCGUCAGCUCGCCGUCGAUGUCUAUGAAGGUCAACCUGUUGAAAAGCUCCCUCUCCAGAGGCUUUGAUGUGGCAAGUUUUCCCCUCGUUGCAUCAUUGGUGGAGGAGGAGGAGAAGAUGGCCGCCAUUCUGCAGGAGAGGAGGGAGAAGAAGGAGGCCAAGAAGAAGGCCUUGCAGGAAGAGCAGGCGGCCAAGUUGAGAAAGAUCGAGGAAGAGAUGGCCAAAGAGAAGGCGAGGAUCAAGAAGGAAGAGGAGGCGAAGUUGAAGGAGGUGGACGAAGAAAAGGAGGAAGGACCGCCACUGCAACGAAAUAGUGGGCAGCACAGUGGCAGCAACGGUAGGGACCUGGAGAAGAGGAUAUCCGAAUGGGUUGCCAAUCUGUCUGUGGGAGAAGAGGAAGAAGUUAGUAUGUAUAUCCCACAGGAUCAACAAGAGGCUGCCAUGAGAGCUUGGGAUGCAGAGAAAGAUCCCCUCAGACGACAGGCGUUGGAAGACGAGAAGAGGAUGGAGUGGAAAUUAGCAAAGAUGAGGGAGAAGAAGAGAAGAGUCGACAAGGCAGCGGAGGCGGCGACAGAAUUAGAGGAGGUGAAAAAGCUAGAAGAGCAAGUAGCCGCCCAGACUAAACUCCCAGCCCAGAUGCGAGUUAUAGCCCGAAGUGUCCCACGCCUGGCACGGAUUCAGGCGGACCAAUAUGACUUCAGUAGGAGUCAAGACAUAGUUGUGCGCUCGAUGCGAUUGGGCUUCCGGGACUUUGCUCGUGAGUUAGUAGGCGCUGUUGGAGCGGAGGCGGGUCAUCGCCUUGACAAGACCGAACGGUUUUGCGCUGGCGCCAUUGAAGGCAUCAAGGCGGCAGCUCCCAAAGAGGAGGAAGCACGUCCGCCUCGCCGGGAGCCGUUCUUCGCGAAGAGCGAAGACCCCGCCACCACUUACGAUUCUCUUAGCCGUGAGGUGGUGGCUUUUGAAGCAAAGUCAGUGUCCCUGUCUACCUUCUGGCACAAGGAUUUGGACAGGGGAAAGCAAUUGAAAGGCCGCACUAUCUCAGGACAGGUAAAGACCAAGGACAGUCCUGUCUUGACCUUAGAUGAGGGUAGUGUGGAUGAGAUCCCCUACGAUCAGAUUGAGUGGGGAUUAGAGGGAGAGGACAGCGGUGUGGGCCAGGGGAGGACUUACGCUGCUGUUGCGGCUGGAGGGAGGCCGCAAGGAGGACAAGGCCAGGGCCAAGGGGGCCGGGCCUCAGGGAGCCGGUUUCAGGGCGAUCAGGGGGUUGGCGGCAGAGGAGGAAACCGCCAAGCGGGAGGCAGGGGUCAAGGUCUCCCGCAAAACCGUCCUAGGAACACGUCUCCCUAUAGGGAGACUCCCACACCACAUGUGCCUAUGGCAGAGGUUGCAGGCCGGUGUCUAGAUAGCUGCCCAGAGACCGCUUGUGUUAGGGUCUCUCUAGACACCUCCCUCACAGGCGUGGCCGACAAGUUGAAGGAGAGGAGGCCCGCCUGGGCCAAGAUGAAGAAGGAGAAUAACGGGCAGCUGAUCUUAUUAGAUACAGAGAUUUUUAGAAGUAGAGUAGGGGCCCUAGUAGAUUCCGGGGCCACCCGCAGCUAUAUUAGUAGGAAAGUGCUGCAGAAGUUGAGGUUGGGACUUAAAGUCCAGAAACUGACAGACCCCAUAGUUAGCAUCCUCACGGACAAUCGCACUAUGAUUGUAGAGGAUUACGUAGAGGGAGUCCAGGCGUAUUUCCGCCUAGAGAAAGACGGGAAAGUGGAAAGGAUUCUCCACUCCCUGACUCUCCUCGUAGAAGACAGUCUCCCCUUUGAUAUUGUUAUGGGAAUGGAUUGGGGAGAGGCAACCGGGGCCACGCUCCAUUUGAAGGAGCACGAGCGUAUGCUCCCUAGUUCGUCAGGCGAGGCUAAGACUGCCCGCCUGUUCCAUGUGUCAGGCGUAGAGAAUUCCUUGGCGCAUUGCUGCCUUAGUGCCCCCACGUUCGCCAGAUUGGUGAAAAGGGAGAAAUUGGAGGAGCAGGUUUUUGUUGCCUAUGUUAAGCCAGUGACCAAGCCUACGGAGGAAAAGCCGAUGGACCCUGCGAUUGCCAAGCUGCUGGAAGAGUUUAAGGAUUUGACUGAGCCGCCGACAGGCACGGUGCCGCGGCCUAUCCAACACCGUAUUGAGAUAGAGCCUGGCAGUAGAACUCCUAAGGGUGCUGUGUAUAGGAUGUCCCCGCGGGAGUUAGAGGAGCUUCGCAAGCAAUUAGACGAGCUCCUCGAGAAGGGUUGGAUUAGGCCCAGUUCGUCUCCUUUUGGAGCGCCUGUUCUCUUUGUYCCUAAGAAAGAGGGAGAGCUGAGAAUGUGYAUAGACUAUAGGGGUCUGAAUGCUAUUACAGUAAUGAAUGUUGAGCCACUGCCUAGGAUAGACGAUCUCUUAGAUCGAGUGCAGGGGGCGAAGUAUUUUUCUAAGAUAGAUUUCUCCGGAUAUCAUCAAAUAGAGGUGCAUCCUGAUGAUCAAUAUAAGACAGCCUUCCGGACUAGAUAUGGGCACUACGAGUUCAUAGUGAUGCCCUUUGGACUAACCAACGCGCCAGCUACGUUCCAGCGUUGUUUGAACGAUUUGUUUAGGCCGUGGUUAGACAAAUUUGUUGUAGUUUACCUAGAUGACAUCCUAGUGUUUAGUAGGACCCUCGAAGAGCAUCAGGGUCAUCUCAGGCAAGUCUUGGAGAAGCUGAGGGAAGCUAACUUCAAGAUCAAUGCAAAGAAGUGCGAUUGGGCAAAGACCCAAGUUUUGUACCUAGGCCACGUUUUAGACGGAGACGGCGUUAAGCCAGAAGAUAGUAAGAUUGCAGCGAUUAGAGAUUGGCCAACACCGCUGCUACAGCAAGACGAUGGCAAUGGGUAUAGACCCGUAGAGUUCAUGUCCGCCAGAAUGCCUUCAGAGAAGGUCGCGACAUCUACCUAUGAGAGGGAACUCUACGCUCUCAGGCAAGCCUUAGAUCACUGGAAGCACUACUUGCUUGGGAGGCACUUCAAAGUCUAUUCUGACCAUGAAACAUUACGAUGGUUAAAGACGCAGGCCAAGAUGACACCUAAGCUUACUAGGUGGGCCGCCGAGAUAGAUCAGUACGACUUCGAGCUCAAGCCUGUCAAAGGGAAAGUUUCUGUAUCGUUCGUCAGCUCGCCGUCGAUGUCUAUGAAGGUCAACCUGUUGAAAAGCUCCCUCUCCAGAGGCUUUGAUGUGGCAAGUUUUCCCCUCGUUGCAUCAUUGGUGGAUAGCACAGUGGAGAAGGUCCUGGGAGAAUCGUUGAUCGCACCCAACAUGUUGAUAGUCGACAUCCCCGAAGUACUCGCUGCUGCGAGCAACGGCCACAUUGAGAUUGCCCAGAAAGAAAUCUCCCAGGUGUCGACGAGCUCUAAGUCUUCAGGAGAUUUCAAGGUGUCACAGGAGACGAUGCUAGCGCAGUUGUCACGGGUGAAGACAAGCGCAAAUGCGAAGCCGGUUGCUUCUCUUCUGUUAGAAAUCAUAGAAGGCCGUAAUCUCAAGGCGGCCGACAUGACAGGCCUGUCAGACCCCUUCGUGAAGGUAACGUUGGGUCGGCACAAACGGAGGACUAAAGUCAUACAACAGACGUUGAAUCCAAGGUGGGAGCAAGAGUUCCACUUGCCGAUCUCUAGUUGGAGUUCUCCUCGCCACCCCCGUCACCUGACUCUCGAAGUGAUGGAUCACGAUGGGUGGAAGCAAAAUGACAAACUCGGGGAUUGCAACAUUGAUCUUGCUGAUUUCAGGGAUGGAAAUCGCGUCGAUUUCUGGGUGAAAUUGGACAACGUCAACAGAGGCGAGAUCCGCAUUGCAGUGACAAUCAUAGAGAAUGGUGGCGACAAUGUUGGUGGCGCCGAGGGUAACAAAGACUGUCAUGCGCCGAGCCUGGGGACAGAAAAAGUCGCAGAGGCAUCCUCGCCGCCAAAAACAUUUGCGACUGCGGAUAACAAAGCAGUGGCAAUUGGUACAAAGAGGGAGAGGAAUGACAGCUUUUCCGCGCUAAGCCAAAGUGAAUCCUUGAAACGCUGCAGCCGAUUAACGCAUAGCAGCAGCCUCAAAGUGAAGCAUCGAAGAACUGUUAGUCUUGGAAGACCUAGCGCACUUGGCCCUCUUGCAAAGACGGAGGCUCCAACAAGAGUGUAUUCGUCCUCGCUGAUCCCUGCCAAAGGAAGUUUGGGCUCUCCUCAGCCGUUGUCGUCACCCAUAAAUGAAGAAGGUAAUAAAGAAUUCAAGGCGUCUGACGACUUCUUUGGCACCCCAGCUGACCCUUUGGACCUGACGUCGCCGGAAAAAACGCCCACACCGGACCCAACUCCAAGUGCCAACGUCAACACAGCGACACCGAGGAAAGACGACCAAGAUCAUAAGGAGGCUUGUGCAGGUCCAAACGUUAUACACAUCUGCCCCGGUGUGAGACUUCAUACAUGGCAUUUCGACCCAAAGGUAAGUUUGCAGUUCGUGGACAUACUGCAGUGCCCUUUCGCCUUCUUUCUUCCGCUGGAGAACCUCGUGCUGUUAGGAGAAUGGUUGGUGAUUCAACUAUAUACCAGUGGGGAGGACAUACUGCAGUGUUCAAAGGUGAAACUCUUGACCAAUGACUGGAAAGGCACCGCCUUUGCUGUCAUAUUCAGUACACGGUAUGUAUAAAGUGCCUUGUUGCAGGUAGUUUGCAGUUUGUGGACAUACUGCAGUGCCCUUUCGUCUUCUUUCUUCCGCUGGAGAACCUCGUGCUGUUAGGAGAAUGGUUGGUGAUUGAACUAUAUAUACCAGUGGGGAGGUUGUAACUGUUCGAGGGGUAGCCCCCGUGGUAAUAGGCUGUUCGAUUGUAUCAGUUUUUCCACGUGAUGUCGAGAAAGC